GGAAAAAGAAAAAUCCGGCGAGAAAGGGGGAAAUGGCGUUAGAAUACAAGAGAACAGUCCAAAGGUCACACCCGACUCCCUUCCCCCAAAUCGUUACCAACCCUACCAGAUUCGCCUGCGAUCUCCCCGCCGGCCGCUUCCGAUCACCGCGGGCACCAGCCAUCACCUCCCUGCUUCUCGCAGGGUAGUCCAGAAAACGGCACGGGCUGCAGAAAUCUGUACUAGAGGCGGCGAGACGGAGCGAGAGAGGAGGGGAUGACUAGCCUGUCGAUCACGGUGAUGACGCUGAAUCUGCACGAAGGCGAGCAGCCGAGAGAGAGCCCCAACAGCUGGGAGAAGCGCCGGGACAUCUGCGUCAGCGUCAUCACCAGCUACUCCCCCACCAUCCUCUGCACCCAGCAAGGCUUGAGGUGGCAGCUGGACUACCUACAACAGUGUUUGCCGGGUUAUGAACAGUUUGGGAUAUCAAGAAAAGGAUCACAGGACACCACUGAUGAAUACUGCACAAUAUUCUAUGAAAAAGAGAAGGUGGAGCUUACUGAAGGUGGUACCUUUUGGUUAUCAGAAUCACCAUCAGUUCCAGGAAGCAUUUCAUGGGGAGCAACUGCACCCUGCAUUGCUACAUGGGCAACGUUUCAACUCAAAAGAGUAGAACCACCUGGAUUCAGUUUCCAGAUUGUAAAUACAAAUCUUGAUGAAGUUAGCCCUCGUGCUCGUCGAAGAAGUGCUUUGCUGACGUGGCAACAUAUAGCGUCUUUGCCACCCAAUUUGCCUGUUAUCUAUUGUGGAGGCUUCAACACACAGAAGGAGUCUAUGACUGGGCGGUUUUUGCUUGGCAGAUCCAGAGAACAUGGUGUUGUGGGUGAUAUGAGAGAUGCUUGGCCAAAUGCUCGUGUGCGUAAAAAUGUUUCACUAAUACACACAUAUCAUGGAUUUAAAGGUGCCCCUGGGGAGAAACAAGGUGCCCUAGAAUUUCUUAAAUUAAUAUUUAGAGCUCUUUGCCUCUGCUGGGAUCGACAGACACAGGACUUGCAUAUUGACUGGAUCCUAUUUAGGGGACGCCCACUCGUUCCUGCACUCUGUGAGGUCAUAAAUGACAAUAUAGACGGUGUUUAUCCAUCUUCGCACUUUCCCAUAUUUGCUGAAUUUUUGCUUCCACGCUCAGUCCGCCUAGCCGAGACACCUUCAUAGCUGUGCAUGUUCUGUUCUUGUGGUCAUGCUUUCGUUUGUUAUUUUUAUUUCCCAACCUUAUAUUGAUUUGGCCGAUUUUUUCUUCUACCAUUCACCUUCUCCUUGAUCUGGCAACAACAGACCUUGAGCCCAUCUUUGGGUUUCUUUUGUCGUCCCAUUACAUGAAACAGGAUAAUAAACAUUUGCAGCCCUUAUUGUUAUGUAAGCUUGUUUCCAGUCAGGAAUGGUGCUAUUGUGUUGCCU